GGUCAGCCUCACUUUCUUCUCUAACAGAAAAAAACAAGAAGAAGAAGAAGAGAUUAGGAUCAUCAUCCAAACAUGUCUCAAACCACCCCAGAAAAAACCACUUUUCAAGACCAUUUCAAACCACCCUGGACAUUUUCAGCCAUUAAAAUCCCAGACAUUUUCUCGUCCUUCAUGAAGGGCUUUAUAGCUCUUUGCAUCAUCGCUUGGAUUUCGAUUGUUUCUCUCUCCGUCGUCUCCAACCGUUCAAAAUGGCUCGCAUGUUCAGAAUGUCAUCAAAUGUUCAUGCGAGGCUCAAAGAUCAACAACAACAACGAUCUUCAAUUAGCCCCACAACAACCACCAGAAUCGACCAACAUUUCGCACAUUCUGUUCGGGCUGGGAGGCUCGGCCAAGACGUGGCAGAAACGGAAACAAUACUCUGAGCUAUGGUGGAGACCGAACGUGACUCGUGGGUUCGUGUGGCUGGACGAGAAGCCCGCCACCGGCACCGCGUGGCCGGACACGUCUCUGCCGUAUAAAGUGUCCAACGACACGUCCAGCUUCAAGUACUCGUGCUGGUACGGGUCUCGGGCGGCUAUUCGGAUUGCGAGGAUUGUGAAGGAAAGUUUUGAGCUGGGGUUGGAGAAUGUGAGGUGGUUUGUGUUGGGUGAUGAUGAUACUGUGUUUUUUUUGGAGAAUUUGGUGACAGUGUUGUCCAAAUAUAAUCAUAAUGAGAUGUAUUAUAUUGGAGGGAAUUCGGAGAGUGUGGAGCAAGAUGUGAUACACUCGUACAACAUGGCCUAUGGUGGUGGUGGUUUCGCCAUUAGUUAUCCGUUGGCGGCGGAGCUGGUUAGGGUUUUAGAUGGAUGCAUUAAUCGGUACGCAUCGUUCUACGGCUCUGAUCAGAAGAUUCAAGGUUGCAUGAGUGAGAUCGGGGUACCACUUACCAAGGAGCUUGGUUUCCAUCAGCUUGACAUUCGAGGAGACCCGUAUGGAUUAUUAGCGGCACACCCGGUGGCGCCACUGGUGUCUCUCCACCACUUAGACUACUUGCAACCUGUGUUUCCGGGACUGAACCAGAUAGAAUCCCUCAAAAUGCUGUUCCGGGCAUACGAAAUGGAUCCGGGUAGGACCCUGCAGCACAGUUUCGGCUAUAACUUGCAUAAAAACUGGUCGGUUUCGGUGUCUUGGGGUUAUACUGUACAGCUCUACCCUUACCUGGAGACGGCAAAGGGGUUGGAAACACCAUUCCAAACUUUUGUGUCAUGGAGGAGCUGGAGUAGAGAGCCAUUCACGUUUAAUACCCGAGUCCUGAGUCCCGACCCGUGUAAACGGCCGAUUAUCUUUUACCUGGAUGGGGUUGAGAAGGGUGAGAGAGGCGAGAGCGUGAGCAGGUACAAGAGGUAUGUGGCUGAUCCAGCUAACAAUUGUGACCGGAAUGAUUAUAUCCCCACAUUGCCUGUUCAAUACUUCCACGUCUCCGCGCCAAAGUUUGACCUUGGAAUGUGGAAGAAGUCACCGCGUAGACAAUGUUGUGAGAUAGCCAAUGGCAGAAAAGGACUCAAUGUUACAGAAGGAGUGGACAUCAUCGUACAAGUCAAAAUUAGAGGAUGCAAUCAAGGAGAGUCAGUUACACCACCGUAG